UUUUUUUUUGUUUCAGAUUCUAGCAUCUGUGGUAUUAUUUUCGAGGAUCAAUAGCUAUCGAUGAAACGGAAAUGGUCGAAAUCUUCCGAAGUAGCGGGGAGGGGCGACCCAUUCCGGAAAUAGCCGAAGUGGCGGCGAUUCCGAAACAUCUGGGGCAGCCGGCAUUUUUCCGGAAACAGCCGAAGCGAGCUGGCGCUGCGCCGGAGGCGACCGAGACCAGUCAGCCGGGAUCGGUGAAGCAGAGGGUUGAGGGGACCGGCCGAUAGGCCGGGUGGGAAAAUGGCGAUAUCGCGAGGGCUUUGGUGCUGUCAGCGGCUGUUGGCUUGGAUACCGGUGCUCAUCAUCACCAUGGUGGUGCUUUGGUCUUACUACGCCUAUGUAUUCGAGCUGUGUGUCUUUACUAUCCGUAAUGGUAUGGAAAAAGCUGCAUAUCUUGUGAUAUUUCAUUUAUUUUUUGUGCUGUUUGUGUGGACCUAUUACAAAGCUAUUUUUACAGAACCAGCACAGCCUUCUCGAAAGUUUCAACUGACCAGAGCUGACAGAGAGAGAUAUGAGCGAGAAGAAAAUCCUGAGGUGCAAAAGCAAAUUCUAUUGGAUGUGGCUAAAACAUUACCAGUGUACACCAAGACUGUAUCCGGAGCCAUCCGAUACUGUGACCGGUGCCAACUGAUUAAGCCUGAUCGUUGUCAUCACUGCUCCAUCUGUGACACGUGUGUAUUGAAAAUGGAUCAUCACUGUCCUUGGGUGAACAACUGUAUUGGAUUUUCAAACUACAAAUUUUUUCUGCUCUUUCUUGGAUAUUCCAUGCUGUAUUCGUUGUUUGUUGCUGCAACAGUUCUGCAAUAUUUCAUCAUGUUUUGGACGGGUGGUCUUCCCGAUGGUCCUGCAAAAUUUCAUGUUCUCUUUCUUCUUUUCGUGGCUGUCAUGUUCUUCCUGAGCCUCAUGUUCCUCCUUAGCUACCAUUGUUGGCUGGUCAGUUUAAACAGAUCUACAUUAGAGGCCUUCUCAUCACCAAUAUUUCAGCAUGGUCCAGAUAAAAAUGGUUACAACCUUGGCAUGAGGAAAAAUUUAGAGCAUGUAUUUGGACCAAAAAAAAAGUACUGGCUGCUACCUAUUUUUACCAGUAUCGGAGAUGGACACUUCUUCCCCAUGAAGUCACAGUCAGAGAGUCACAAUCCACUUCUCUCCAACGAUGAGCACUGGGAUGAGGGAGAUUCAGAUGUCGACUACUAUGCAACUACAAGUGGAAACACCUCUGUGACUGUAGAAAUGGAGAGCUAGCUGAUCUUUGCUCCCACGUGUUAAUCCCAGGUGCCACAGUAUUAUUUAAUAUGACAAUAUGAGAACCAAGGAUCCCUAAAGGUCUUCAAUAAAUGAGAUGGAACUGGGUGUUACAUGCCUUACAGUCUACUGAAGAUCCUCUCAUUACAUAACGUACAUUUAGACUUUGGUUCAUGAACAACUGCAUUUUCUUGAGAUAGUGGAGGAAUGAUAGGGGACUGUUGUAAAUUCACUUACUAUCUUAUACCCAUGAGCAGGAACUUGUAUGUAAAUAAUGUGCAUAUGAAUGAGACUCUAUCAAAUAUCUGAAACUAAUAUUGCAAUUAAUUUAACGUGACAAGUUGUAUUUAACUCAUUAGGGCAAAGUGCUAAGCAAAAGUGUCCCUUGCACUAAAGCUGCAGGGGUAAGGUACAAAUAUCGAACUGUCAAGUGGAAAAUUCUGCAAUAUCUGUUCAACCAUGUGUUUGAACAAAAGAGCAAUGGAUUGAUUAUUUACUGUGUUUAUAUGAAUUAAGUCAUUUCAAACAAGGUCAUCUUUUUUAAUGUUUUUUAAAUAUGUUUAAAAGAUCUUGUAUUUAGCAAGUUCUUUUUUAUAUGUUUGUAAUGUGAUGUACAUAUUUUUAAAACUAAUUUACCCUCAGAAUUAAAAUUAAAUAUUACUCCAACGAGGGACCAAAGAUUGGUAAAGCAGUAUCUGCUCAAAGUUUCAGUUAUUCUUCAACCUUAGGAAAAUUUAUUUGUUUCUUAUUUAAUGUACACAUGCCUUUCACAUAACGGCAUAAUAUCAGAUCCAGUUUUCAUUAUCAUUCCAUAUCACUAACUUUAAUUUUGAGCAAAAGAAAUGACCAGCAAAAGUCUACCAUAAAAAUUCUGCUGAUCUUCCUCUGCAUCCAAAAUUUCUUCAGUUUGUGUACUUAACCUGUAGUAUGAUUCCACCUCCAAAAUAUUACCUUCUACCUCCCUGUACAACCCACAAUUGAGUUUUCUACCAGUUUAUUUAUUUAAAUUGUAUUUUAAUUCAGGUUAAAAAUUAACUCUUGACAUAGGUGUUUACAUUGGAACAAGUGCAAUUUCUCAUAGAUGAUUUUGUUUGCAUACAAAUACAUUCCCUCAAUUGCCUGAGCCAUUAUAUAAUUUGACAUAUAUUAUAUAUUCUGACAAAGUGUAACAUCUUUCUAUAGGUUCUGCUUAUAAAACAUGUUCUCAUAAUGGGGCUUUUGAGUUUCAUGAACUUUAAAUUCUAGAUAUUUUCUGACUAGGCUCCUGGGCCUGUUGCUGAGGCCAAAUCAGUGACUCAAACAUCUCUAGCAAUACAAAGGUUUAAUAAUUCAAGGUUUAAGGAUAUUAAUCCACAGAGAUACUGAUUAUUUUCAGAGAUAGAAAACAAAAGGACAAUUAUGUUGUAUGCUUCCGUGGGAUUUAGUGUAUUCACUUGUCUUGCUUAAAGUAUUCUUAACGUGUUAAUAACAUUCAUAUUUAAUGAAAUACACAUUUAAGGUAUUUUCCUUUUAUCCUUUGCAACAUAUCUCUCGGCCAGUCCUUAAAAGAGAUUAUAUUUAUUUAUUUUGUGGGACUCAGCUGCAUGCAACUUACUGGCUUUGCUUCUUACACUUGUAAACUAACUUAAUGUUUGAAAAGCCUUUGGAAUGUCAUGAGGUUGGAAAAAGCAGUCUAUAUUUACAGUGUUGUCCUUUUUAUAGCUUCUGUUACAGGCCAAUCUGAAUUAAAUAAUUCACUUUAGAUACCCAGGGUUGCAAUAGGGACAUGAUAAUGAAAACAUUUGUUUGGAAAAAAAUAGUUGUAAAACUGGUGGUACUUGUUAUCUGUUAAGAACAUGUCCUCUAAGCCCUUUCAGUAUAAAGCAAAUUGCAGUUAAAGUAAUGAGUCUGAAUUUGAAUCUGAAUUCAAGAAUGAAUUUGAAUUCAAAAUGUGUUUCAUAGCACACUGCCCACUAUAGGAAAGCCCUGGUAUUUUUCAGAUCCUAUAAAUGCUCUUUUUGUCAAACUUAAAGGUGCUCUGCAGACAUAUAGAAGAGCUUUCAUUUUCUAAAUUAAACCACUGUUAUAUCCUAAUCAGUGACCAAGUCUCAAGUAUUAUUUUAGCUAUGUUGUAAAUAUUUUGUAAAGUGAAGAAUUGUCUUUGUACAAUGAGACAUUAUUACAAGAAAUAUUUAAAAACAAAAAUAAGUUUGACAAAUUAGAAUAAAUUGUGAGUUUCUUUCUGAGAAUUUGUUCAAUAAUCUUGAUUUGCUACAGUAAAAUGACACCUACAGAUAUAAUCAUAAAUCCUGCCAUUGAAAAUUGAAGUCUGAUUUCUAGUGUUUCAAGUUUCGAUAAAUGUACUAAACUUUCACAAGUUUGAUUAUUAACCUGACAGGUACACAUAAUUUAAUGUAGUUUAUUUUUAGUUUCACAAUCAUUCGCCAAGCCGCACUUAGAAGAAGUAGCAUAUAUUUUAACAGUAAGAAUAUGCACAUUAGGAAUAUUUUUAGAAAUCUUCUAUGGAGAAAUACAAGUGGAGAUGAAAGUGCAAUUUCAAUUGAUAAAUCUCAAGAUUAAUCAGAAAUUUAUUGGUAGUUAAUAUAUCACAAUUAAAAAUACUUGUCAAAAUAAGCCCCGUUCAUUUUAAAUACAGUUUCUUUCAGAGAUGAAAUAUCCCACUCUAAUAAUGUAAUACCUCUCAUAUUUUCCCAUAUGACAGAACUAGGGCAUUCCACUAUAAAUUGACAACAUACUGUACAGUACUCUUUGCCUUGUAUAAUAUCUUUAUGAAAUGGGUGAUAAAGUAAAAUACAAUUGUUCUUAUAGUACAACAGAUAAUCAGGAUGUUUAUUUUCAUCCAUUAGUUCCCUUUCAGCUUCAUAGACAACAGUAACCAAGGUAAGGUCAGAAUGUAUUCUUGGUUUAUAGUAAGAACAAUAAAAUGCUGCAUUAAUAACUUGAUGAAAGCUAUUAUUUUCUGUUUCUUUAUCUGCGCCAUAUUAUCCUUCAAAUACCCCAAACUUCCAAGUGAUUCAAAUGGAUACUGACUGGAAGAUUGAACAUAAAUACCACAUGAGAUGUUCUCUCUCUCUAUCAUUCUCUGACUCACUUUCUACCUUUCAUGCUCUCUGCUCAGAAAAUUUCCUGUUUAAUUUAGUUCUUAAUAACAAGAAUAUUAAGAAUGAAAUACCAACUCCUUUACAUAAUAAAUAUCAAUCCAAAAUAGAAACCUUUAUAUUGGUAAACUAAUAUUGUUCCUUGCUUAAAAAUUAUUAUUACUGGUUUAUAAGUAGCAUUUCUACACAUCACCAGUAAUUUAAGUAUUAUGCCUCUGUUACUAAUAGCUUUACACUGGAGAAACAAAUCAAUAUGUCCCCAUUAUGCCAGUCGGGCAUUUUUUGUUGUAUUGUUGGAGAAAUUGUAAAAUUCAGCUGAUGACUCUUAGAACUUACAAGAAUAUCUAUAUUUCUCAAAAUGAAUCCCAGGAACCCAAUUUAAAAAUGGAGAGACAUCAUUUUUAUCUAGUUUCUAAUGGAAAAACAAAGGUUAAUUAAAAUGAAGGAACAGACUUAGCAGGGGUGUAUUACAAAGAAUGGAGGAUGAAGCUGUCCAUUAUACAUUAACAAGUAAAGCAAUCUUACUGAAUAAGCAUCCUUUCAUCCAUAUCCAAACUUCAUGAAAGUUAUGAUCAACAAGGUUGAAUUUGUGGUACUGCACCUUUUGACAGCACCAAGCAUUGAAGCUUUGAAGAAAAGCAAAUAAAAGUAUAUAGCAGAUGCUGACAAUGGAAAGAGAUUAUAUGCAUUUGUUACUAGUUGUCUGCUUAACUUUUUAGGAAAUUUUCUAUUAAUUCUUUGGAUAUGGGGAUCACUGUACAUUUCCCCUCACUAAGUGCACUUGAUGGUAUCAUACAUCAGUUUUGUGUGAUGGAGAGGAACUUUACUUCUCCAGUUUUUGUUUUUGUCUUUCUGGAUAGAAUAGCUCACAGGUUUUGAAGUGUGUUCAAAGGUUCAAUAAGGACAAUGACAUUGAGUAUUGGAGUGGUAGAUUUUUGGGAUGGUCUUUGUUUGGAACUUAAGCAUGCAAAUGUUACCGUUUAUCAGCCCAAACUGUUUCACUUAAUAAAGCGUUGCUAAUAGAACUGAAUACUGCAAGUUUCCACACAUAUGACUUACUGAACUAGUCAUCCUUAUAGAGUAUAAUAUUGUGUAAUAAUGUAUGGCCUCGGUGAAACCAAUCCUGGCAUAUCGUGUGCAGUUUUGUUCCCUUAUCAAACUUUAAACCUACACAUUCUUAUGUUAGAUUCUGCUACCUUGAGAAAAAGACUGUUACUAUCUGCUCUCUCUAUACUCCUCAUGAUUUUAUAAACCUCCAUAAUGGCCCAGCCUAUCCAGUCUCCUUUUAACUUAAGCCCUCCAGCCCAAGUAAUAUCCCUUGUGUUACUUUUCUGUACCCUCUCCAGAUUAAUCAGAUUCUUCCAAUAGCAUUGCAACUAGAAUUGCACACAAUAUCCCAGUGUUGUCAAACCAACGUUACAUACAAUUGUAACAUGCUGUGCCAACUUUUGAACUUAUGUGACGGGCAAGCAUGGUUACACUGCCUUUACCACCCUGUUGCCACUUCAAGGGAACUAGGUACUUAUAUCUCCAGGUCUUUGUUCUAUAUUCCUGAGGGGCCUGCCCUUCACUGUGCAUAUCCUCCUGUGGUUUAACUUCCCAAAAUCCAUCACUUGAAUUCCAUUUCAGCGCUGGGUGUAUAUUUGCCCUAACUGUGGUGUCGACAACUACCAGCCAGAAUCUUAAAAUAAGCAAUAGCACAACUGGAAUGAGUUGAGAAAUAUUUUAACUCAGGUGGUUGUAAAUUUUUUACAGUUGUGUAUGUCAGAAGUCUGUUGAUCUUCAGGGGAUGAACAUAUAAUUCUUGAGACUA